AUGACCAUCACCGCCUUCACAUCUACAGACAAAACAACCCACAACUCUCACAAGUUUGGGUUCAAAUUGAGUCCUACCAAUUACGGUUUCUGGAAGACUAUGAUCCAGCCCUUUCUAAUCACAAAUGAUCUUUUUGAUUACAUUGAUGGUUCCCUAAUCUGUCCACCUAAAAUCCUUCCCUCUACAUCCUCUGCCUCUGACAAAGAACCUGCAACCAAACCACAAAACAACCCAGACUAUUCUGCUUGGAUCUCGAAUGAUGCUCACAUUCGUAUGCUCCUGCUUUCCACCAUCUCUGAGGCAUCAUUUAAGCAUGUCCAAGGUGAUACUUCUCGUGAACUUUGGCUGGCCUUGGAACGUGCUUAUGCACCACACACAUCCUCUCGAGAAUACACUCUUAAAACCCAACUUCUCAAGAUUAAGAUGAAGCCAGAAGAGACAUCCGCUGAUUAUAUUAAACGAGCACAAGAAUACUCAGAUGCCCUAGCAAACAUUGGUGAGCCAAUGAAAGACAAAGAUAUUGUUAUGCUUGUUAUUGCAGGUCUAAGAGAAGAAUACGACUCUUUGAAACCCACCCUGAUUGGAAGGCAGCCCUGUGUUACUCUCUUAGAACUUCCAAGCCUCCUUGCAGACUACGAGUACAUGAUAAAAAAGGUUGUUCCUGUCAUUCCAGCAGUUCAAGCCUUUUUGACUACUGCCAACCAAAAUUCCUCACAUUCUAACAGCAGCUCAAGCCCCCAACUACCCGAUGAAACCAUCAAGUCUCUUCAGCAAUUAAUGACCCAAUUGGGCUUUACUGUUCAACCUGCGUCACAAUCCAAUCAGGCAUUCUACACUAACCGUGGAUCUGCCACCCGUGGGGCGUACAAUCGCUGA